CAUUUAAUGACAUAAAGUAAAUUAGUUUACACCAAUUUCCAUUAGGCUUUGAAUAUUGGCAGUUGUUCGUUUUGAGAAGGCAAUCUGACCCCAACAUUCUUUUUGUCUGCAGUCUUAGUGCAGUAAUGUGCAUAGGAGUAGCUGCCGGGACUUACAUUCUUACCUUAUUUGCUAUGAAGUAUAGACAACGUGUACUUGGUUUGAUACUUGUUUCACCUCUAUGCAAAGAACCAUCUUGGACUGAGUGGUUGUGCAACAAGGUCAUGUCAAAUUUACUCUAUUUUUGUGGCAUGUGCAGGGUGGCAAAGGAAAUGUUGCUGAAGCGGUACUAUAGCAAGGUAUACUUUGUGCAUCCAAAUUCCCUCUUUCUACUUCCAUUUAGUGAGGCUGAGUUAUUUGCUUUUAUUUAUGGUGAUAGGACAUUCGAGGUGGUGCUCAAUUCCCAGAGUCAGAUAUAGUUAAAGCUUGCCGAAGGGUUAGUGAAUAUUUUUUGUUGUUGUACA